AUGACUCAAGAAUACCACAUUAUUCUGCAGCAGCCAUCUACCACAGAAAUCAUCGUAUCUCAUGACGGCCAAGCUACCGUCGUAAAAAGCGAUUGGGUACUUCUCUCCUUCCCUCCAGAUGAACUCGACCCAUGGCGUCACGUCCGUAUCUCAGUUGGCAAGUCCCCCCGACAUCUCGAGUUCGAAAUCGUUUUCCCGAACCACAAGAAGCAACCGCUUCAGGAUCAAUAUCUCAACAACUUGCGCGCCUUCGUCGACACUAGCCGCUCAGCACUACCACGGCUUCGUGGCCUCGACCUACACGACAUUCGGUCUCCCAUAUCACAGGCCCCCGUGUUCAAGGAUGUCUUCCACGUAAUAAGGACGGAAGGGCGGGGCGCUCACGGAGUCGUUGACCAAGUUGUUAGCCUUCGCAAUGGGCGCUCCUUUGCUAGGAAGUCAUUCUUCGAGCCGACCCCUCAAACCGGCGAGAAAAGACGACGUCGGGCCCGGGAGGAGUGGUUGUGGCGGAUACGGAACGAAGUCAACCUUAUGAAAAACAAUUCCCACUUGAUAGACUUCCAAGAACGCCCAAGACCAGCGAUACUUAUGCCUUAUUACCCUCACGGAAGUAUCGAAAAAUUCGCAGGGCUUCACUCUCUUCGCGAGUCGCAAUACUUGCUCGCUUUCUUCCAACUCCUCACCGCGCUCGAUCACCUACACAGCCGCGGAGUUGCCCACCGCGACGUCAAGCCUCAGAAUAUACUCGUUACCGAGGUCAACCCCUUUACCAUCGUCUUGUCCGAUUUCGGUGUUUCCAAGUUCAGAUCCCGGCGCAGCCCGCUGGAAUCGUUUUGCGGUACGGAAUGCUACGCAGCCCCUGAAAUCUUCCCCGGAAAGUGUCCCGCCGAAGGCUAUACCGUCGCGGUCGACAUAUGGUCGGCAGGUGUAAUGAUGCUCGAUUGGGCCUUCGGCUACCCGGAAUCCCCUCGGUGGGCGAGCUCGCAGCAAGGUUUAGAGUACUGGUGGAAAGCGCUCGUGAGAAAGGUUGACGGUUGCAAAGCCGACGACGAGGUCCGCGACAUCUUGAAGCACAUGGUUGUUAUGGAACCUAAAGACCGCUUCAGUGCGAGGCAGUGCAUAGAGAAGGGAUAUCAGAACGGGCUCUUCCACGUGGAUGAGGAUAGCCAAAGAAUAUUGGUUCGUACGCGCACUUGCGAGGAUGAGCGUCACGGUGACCCCAGCACAGAGUGCGGUUGCCACCGUUCCAAUGAUAACGGCCGCUCGGCCGGCUCCGCAGAAGCGCCAGUGAAUGAGGUCUUGGCCUCUCCUCUUGAGAACCGCGAACUCGACAGCGAGCUGUACCUGGCCUGGGAGGCAUCUUCUCUCAGCAACUCUCCGGCCCGGAAAAGACGCAAGCUGGCGCCUCGCAGCCAGCUGAACUUGCCACAGUCUAGCGACUCUAGUAUGAGUAGUUGA